AUGAGUACACCAAUCACUCGAAACUAUUUAAAUCUUACAGAAAUAUUAUCGCAAGCAUAUCUUAACAAAUACACCAUCUUAUUCCUUCUUAUACUUGUAAAACUAAUUAUAUUCAAGAAUUCCUUGAUAAGUCAAUUAAAUCAAACGAUAGUAAAUGAAACUAUAUGCAAUAAAGAUCAGAUCGAACCAAUACUUUCAUCAAUACACAAUAUUAUCCUUGAUGGGUUAAAAGAGACACAGCAUGCUGGUAUAACAUUCAUUGUAAUAAUAGUUACAAUCAUAAAAAAUCUACUCAUUUUCUAUAUUGAGAUAUUUGUAGGGACAUUUCUAUGUCUUUUGAAUGCUGUAAUUAAAGGAACUACCGAGUUGGCUCUUGAUUCAAGUGAAACUAUAAUUCGAGCUGUGAAUACUACAGUAGUUGAAGUCACCAACCAAGUAGAAGAAGGAUUGAAAGGGUUGAGUGGAGUACUUAACGAUUUUGCCAAAGGUGCCAUGGGAUUUAAGUCUAUUUUUUCAGGAAAGGCUAGCAACCCAAGUGAGUUUGAGGACAGGAUCCAUCUUUCCUUGGGUGAACUCAAGGAUAAGAUAGCCAUUCCUAGCGAGGUAGUAGAUGCUAUAAAUUCAGUUAGGAAUGCUGAUCUUGGGAAGCUUACCAAAUUAGAUAAUGCAACCCAAGUGAUACUAGAAGCUCCAUUCAAAUUAGUCACCAAACAAUUGAAAGAGUUUAAAGAUAAAAAGAACUAUUCAGAAACAGUGAAGCCUAUUGAUGCCAACCAGAUUCAACAGCUUUGUAAUGCUCAUGUCGAAAGCGUGCAUAAUGUUCAGAAGGGUUUAAUUAUAGUGGUUGAAAACUUGACCAAAACUUUGGUAAUUUUGCUCAUAAUGGCAAUGAUUGGGUCUACUUGCUAUGUUGUAUUUAUAGAAUGUAUGAAGUGGAGAAGAAUGCAGAAAUUCAUUCGUGAAGACUUGUCACAUCCAGUCAAAUUCAAGAAUCAGUACAACAUCUAUCAUAGUUCUCUGAUGUACAUGGUUGCUAAAAGGUUUAAUUUGCGUGUAGGUGAUAGAGCUCUAUGGUGGUGGAGUUUUUUAUCUAGCAAAUUUGCAGGGUAUACUUUACUAUUUGGAAUCAUGGGGUUAAUGGCGUUGCUAUGCCAAUACAUUAUCAUUCUGAAGUUGAGACAUACUUUAGGAGAAAGGGCGACUGAAUUAAUGCAGGAUGAACAAUCUAGAAACUUAACUACAACUUAUAUAAAAGAUAUGAAACAGUAUAUUAAUAAUACUGAAUCUUCUGUUAACAAAGAAUUGUUUGGUCAUUUCCACAAGGCAACUGGUGCAGUCCAUAAAGAAUUAACAGAGUUCAUUGAGAUUAUGAAUAGUACCAUGACUGAUAUAUUUGGGAAAAUACCUUUGGGGAAACCAAUAAACACUGUAAUAUAUUGUGUUCUAGGGAGGAAGUUAGUUGCUUUAGAAAGAGGAAUAGAUUGGCUACAUCAGAAUAUCAGGAUUAAACUCCCACGACUUUCAAAAAACUUGGAAAAUGACAUCAAGCAACUAAAGUUUGUAAAAACAAGCUCAGUUUUGAAUAAGUUAAACACCAUGAUUGAUGUUUAUGAAAAAUCCUUGCGCUUGGAACUAUAUAUCAGUACUGUACUUGUUGCUCUUUGGGGCCUACAAAUUAUAAUUGGCUCAAUAUGGGUUUUCCUUCAAGAUAGAAAAGUUACCCAAGAGCUCGUCAUGAUAAGUUCACCACAACCGUUAUCUAAGUCAGAAAAGAUAUUAUAUGGAUAUCCUCUCGACAAUCCUCAUAUUCUGUUUCCAGGAGCAUUCAUUCCUUCCCGAAGUAGUCUGAUACCCAGUCCACUUUCUAAGUAUAAUAAAACUUGA